AAUUCAAGCGGACCGUUAAAUGCUACAAGCUUCCAGCCUGUGCGGCCCCUACCUUCCAUCAGAAUAUUGGUGGAUAAGAUUAACCUGGAGCACUCUGUGCCAAUGUAUGCGGAGCAACUCGUGCAGAUGGUCAGCAGCCUUAGCCAGCCAUCUGAUAACCUGCUUCAUUACUGCUAUUCACACUGCUAUCUAAAGAUGUUCGGUUUUCAAGCAGGACUGACCUCUUUGGACAACAGAGGAUUAUAUUUCUUCCCUGCUCCAGUUAUUCCCUCUUUUAGUACUGCUGUUUAUGGCAAAGUGAUCAAGUUUCCCAAAUAUUGGACCAAGCGAGCUCAUGUUCCCCUCACAGAAUGCAUAUUUGAGCUUCCUAAUUUGACAAUUCAAGCAACUAGAGCGCAAACCCUUCUGCUUCAAACUAUUUAUCAGAGCUGGUGUCAUCCUGUUGGAAAUGUCAGUUCUGUGGUGGUAAAUGAAGCUUUGCUGAAUGAGAUUUUCCAAACUUCAGGUAAAUAUGUGAUUGUUUUG